AUGUAUGUAACAAGUAUUCCACGGGCUGUCCCUGAUAAACCGCUACCAAGGGCUAAGAGCAUCAGUGACCUCAAGGAGCAGAGUUUGCAAGCGUUGUCAUCGUCGUUUAUCGUGGGUACCACCCGUUCACGAUACAACUCCUCAGAUAAGAAUAGGAGAUCUGCGUCUGCUACACAAGAUACAGCAAUCAUGAAAAUGAUAAGUGACAACUUUCAGACGCCAGGAUCCGAGACGGGCAGUCUGAAUUCAAGCAGUUCGUUAAACUCCCACAAUGCUCAUGCUCCUCCGGUCCAAUGGCCAGGCGUCGAUAUCUAUCAGCCUUUACCAGGCGAAUCCAGUGAUGUGCAUAAUGUCGGACAUGGGAUGUUGACAGGCGGGCCACUAUUCUCACCUGACUGUCAGAGUUAUCAUACGAUGAGAUCUCAUUCUUACAGUCGCCCGCCAAGUCCACCACUACCACCACCCCCUAUGCCUUCUAAUUUCUCCUCUCCACCACCUAUUGUUGGAGGAUCAGCUACCGUACCUAAUACCCCAAUGACAUCCUCACGUCCACGAUCCAACUCCAUUGGCACCUACCUACCGCAUGCACCUCAUAACCAAAGCUUUAGCAUACCUCCACCACCAAAAUUUGAUGCACCUCUACCACCAGCCACACCGGCAGGAACGACCCAAACCUCUAACAGCGGAAGACCAGUGCCACCCCCAGUUUCCCAGAAAACUACAUCGGUGUCGUCAAUGACCCCACAUGUCCAAACACCGCAAACACCAAAUCUGUCUAAUCAUAUUCCACCACCACCACCGCCUCCUCCACCAGCACCGACUAUGACCAAGUAA